ACCGAGGAAAGUAAAACCGCAACAGUUGCUGGUUGGAUUCUGCAAGAGUUUGGACUUUCGAGAUCGGAGAGAGAGAGAGACAGAGAGGUACAUGGAUUCUUCUUCUCACAUGGCUUCGCUUCCCGAAGAUACGACGGAAGAACAUUUACAACAGCAAACUCAACCCGCCUCUGUUUUCGCUUCCGUUCCUCAUCUCCCUCCAACUAAGAGCUCUUCAGAAAAAUACGCACCUCUAGAUUGGUCCCAGUAUUUUGACAAAGAAGAGGACGUUGCAAUUCCCGAAUCGAAUGAUGUUUUUCAUGUUUACACGGCAGGAACUGAGGGCCCCGUUGUAUUCUGUUUACACGGUGGUGGUUAUUCUGGGCUCUCAUUUGCUGUCUCAACAAGUAAAAUUAAGGAGAAAGCUAGGGUAGUUGCAAUGGACUUGAGAGGUCAUGGGAAAUCAUUGACAGAAAAUGAUCUCGACUUAUCUGUUGAGACUUUGUGCAAUGAUGUAUUGGCUGUUAUAAAGGAAUUAUAUAGCGAUUCUCCUCCAGCAAUUAUUCUUGUUGGUCACAGCAUGGGUGGAUCAAUUGCUGUGCAUGUUGCUGCAAGGAGAUCAUUGACCACCUUAGCUGGGUUGGUGGUUGUGGAUGUUGUAGAGGGAACAGCUAUGGCUUCACUGAUUCAUAUGCAGAAAAUCCUAUCAAACAGGAUGCAACAUUUUUCAAGCAUCGAAAAAGCUAUUGAAUGGAGUGUCAGGGGUGGCUCUUUAAGAAAUAUUGAUUCUGCUCGUGUAUCAGUCCCUGCCACAUUAAAGUAUGAUGAUUCAAAGAAAUGUUAUCUUUACCGAACUGAGCUGGAAAAGACUGAACAAUAUUGGAAAGGCUGGUAUGAAGGCCUCUCAGAUACAUUUUUGUCAUGUCCUGUUCCAAAGCUGUUGUUAUUAGCAGGAACAGAUAGAUUGGACAGGUCUCUCACCAUUGGUCAAAUGCAAGGGAAGUUUCAAAUGGUAGUUGUAAGGCAUACAGGGCAUGCCAUUCAGGAAGAUGUACCUGAUGAGUUCGCAACUCUGAUUGUCAACUUCAUUUCUCGUAACCGAAUAGGCCCUCAUGGAAUUGAGAUACCUGGCCUCCGCAAGCCAGCCUUUUCAAAAUCUUGAAUCCGGUGUUUAGAUAAAUCAAGAAUGACCCCCACUGCAAGAUGAUGAUGAAUUUUUUACGCCGAUAUUCCUUUAGUUUUAAUAUUAUUAUGUAUACUUCUAUGUUUUGGUGGGAGGGUAGGUGAAACGAUUAUAUAUCUCAGAUUAUUAUCAAAUGUAAUGAGCAGUGGGGAAGAUGAGGUUGGACAUGGAUUUGAGCACUUGUUAGCGAAGUUAGUGUCUCCAUCAAUAUUAUCCAUAGUAAAGUUUAGGCAUCUCGCAUUUAAAGUAGGGAAUGCUCCCGAAAAGGGCAAGCCAUGAAAAAAUUAUGCAUCCGGGAAGAAAUGUUAAUGCGAUAUGUGAUUUUAGUUUCCACUCUAUCUAUAAUCAAUAAUCAAGAACAAUAAUAAAGAUGAUAGGAAGUUUUAGUUA